GGCCGUACAUUGUUUUGCCGUUGGAGGUGAAGUGUGGUUGUCUUAUAAGCGGACAUCAUUUCGAGUGUGUGUCAGAUUGUGGUGACGGUCGGGGAGAUUUUCUACGCACAAGUGCGGCAGCGUUGACCCGUGAUUGUGAGCAAGAAAAAUGACUACCACACAAUAUCAGACCAUUGUUCAGGGAGAGGCGUCUGAGACAGACUCUGAGGAGGAGUUGUAUCUGACUUCCUCUGCCCCGGCAGCUAUCUUGCAGACUGGAACCAAAGUGGCUGGUGAAGCAUCAGAAACUGAUGAGGAGGAGGACUGUGCAAUGGCAGUGCGUGAUAUCCAGCAGGCCAUUCAGCGUGGCCUGCCACCACUGAUAGUGAUCCGGGGGGAGCAGUCGGACAUCCUGACCGCAGUAGAGGAGAAACCAGCUGUGAAGAUUCGCCACCAAGGGCGGUAUAGUACCUUGCUGCAACAGAAGCUGAGGGAAAGUAAUGGGCGUCUUCACCAGAAUGUGGAGCAGGCAGUGAAGCAGAUGUAUGAGAGUGCAACCAAGGAGAUCCGAAUCGCCACCAGCCACCUAAGCAACUCCCAGAACGGGAUAAUUAAUGCAUCGCACAGUAUUCGCUUAAUCUUGGACGAUUUGAGAUCUGUGUCAGAAAAAAUGGAUAUAAUCACAAGCUGUAACUUACUCCCUGACAUCCAGAUCCCCCCGACAACAACUAGGCUAGCACAGGUCUGAGCUUGUUUGUACAGGUAGUUGAAGUCUUAUUGCAGAUUGAAUUCCUAGGCCUUUUAAGGCGUGUUUCAGGAAAAUUUAAAGCUGUGACUAAUACUGCAAUUUGUUUGAUUGUCAAAGUGGCUCAGAUCAAUGUUGUAAGCACUUUGAGAAGAGUUAAUUUAAGCUCAGCUCAGGAAGUCUCUUAAAAUUAAACUUGUAUCGUCUUGCUACCUGUCACCAACUGUUAUGUUUUUUGCCCACCAGUGAUAUGAUUCUGGAACUUUGAGAGUAUAGUGUUUAAGUUCUAUAAGUGUUAUGAUUGGGCUCAUUUACUAUGUUUUACUAAUGCACCAAAAUUUGGAAAACUUCCAAUACACAUUAUCACAAUUAUCUGACCAAUCUCAGAUCAUGCUCUUGAAUAAUUGCCUGAAAUGUUUCCAGGUUCUCACUGCUACUGCAUACUAGUAAUUAUGUUAAGAUUUUACAUGUCAAAGCACGCUUUGAAAAGCCAACAUCUUUUGAUGGAAAAGAUUAACACCCUCUCUAUUAUGUUUAACUGACAUGCUGUGAGACAGCUGUGCAAUAGGCUCAAUUGCAGGUCUACUGAUUAAAUGUUAUGGAGUCCUUGACUGAUUUGUCACGGAGAGAUAUCAGAAUUAAUGUUAUGUAAUAAUGGAUAUUCACUGUGAUAUUAUGAAUUGAACUGGAACUGCCUUUCUAUAAUUGUUUAUAAGACUCUCAAUAUGACCAGUAAACCAAUUUUGCACUUUUUCCUUAAUGUGGUUGAGCAUUUCUGGAAGAAAAACAUGACUUAUAAAGUUAUUGCUCUCACCACUGCCAACCUUUUUCUCCUGAUAGCUGUUGUUUCUACAGGGUGUCCUUGACACAGAGCUACAGAUUGAUAAAUGAUGCUUUGAGAUGAAAGGUGCACCAGUGUGCUUUGGAGGCUGAGCAGUAGUACCCAAGGUCAAAUGAACUCUGACAUUACAAACCAAGUUUUUUGAAAUUAAUGCAGGGAAUGUGAGGUUUGCUAACUGGACCAGCAAUUAUUGUCCAGUCCUUGAGAAGAUGGUCAUGAUUUGCUGCCUCAAACUUCUGUCAUUUGGGUGUAGGUGUGCUUAUAUUACAAAAGGCCUAACCCUAACCCUCGCAAUUAUGACUUGGAAGUAUACUGUCUUUGCUUCACUAUCUCUGGAUUAAAUUCUUGGAACUACUUCCUUAAAAGUAUUGUGCAAUAAUAUCCCAUGGGCUGCAGUGGUUUAAGAAGGCAGCUCACCACCAGUUAGGAAUGGACAAUAAAUCCUGACCAAAAUUUUAAAAUUCUGUGAAUAAAUUUUUUAAAAUGCUCA